AUGAGCGUUGAUAUGACGCGACCCAAGCACGGCAGUGACGCUGGCGGCAAUGAAGCGGGUAAGGUGCAGAAGGAGGCAGCGGGCUCGCAAAUUGCCGACCACGUUGUUCUCGCUCUUACUGGUGGUAUACAGCAGCGGCACCCGGCAUCUGAGGCUGACCGCAUUGCGGACAAGGGGGCCGUGGAUACCGCGAGCAAGAGGAAACCGGAGGACGAGGCUGAUCGCACUGAAAGGCGUGAGAGGGAAGAGUCGAGCGAGGAGUUGGCGGAGGCUGACGAGGUCGCGGCCGUGGCUGCCACCGCAAAGCUGGCCGAGGAGAUUAUGCGGCUUGACCACAAGCUGGCAUCACAGGCGGAACAGAUUGCCCGGCCGAAGAAGCGCCCUGUGUCUCGAGAAAGUGGUGUCGCGGUCGUCAGUUACGAGGACCUCGCCGCGGCCGUCGAGAGAGCGCAGCGUCAGAUGGAGAACGCGGCUCUGGUCUUGGAGGAGGAGUCGAAGGCUCUCGCGUUAGAGAGGGUUGCACUUCGGGAUCAGCGGAACCAGGAGGCAUUGGUUCUCAGUCGCGUUGAUGCGAGGCUGGGACAGUUGCAGGGGGUGAUGGUCGACUCCAUGGAAGGUGCUCAGAAGAAGCUGACAGACGAGGUCUCGCGGAAGAUAGACAACAUGUCGUCCGCGGUCUCGGCCACAACAGAGCGUGCCAUCACCACUAGCGGGGUCACCAACGCACUGCACACGAUCAUUUCCCUUGUUGCCGGGAGCCCGCCGCCGCGCAUGGACGCGGAAGAACAACACGCGACGGAGGGUGCAGAACCCGGAGACACGGAGCACGGGAAGCGGGCCGCGGGUGCGAAGGCAGAGAACCAGCGGGGGCCAAUGAGGCAGAGAGGUCCACAGGCAGCGCCCGUGGUACGCCACCAGAAGUGGGGGACUGCAUCGCGGGGUGCUGGACAAUCUGCUCCACCGGGUUCGAGCUCGCGCUCUGUCCCCGCCGGAGAAUCAGCGCCGAAACCCCCAGUCCAUGCGCAGGCAAACGCGAUGCCGACGGCGACAGCAGGCAAGGGCAAAGGGAAGGCGGAGGUGGAGGAGCCGGCUACAACUAGAAAGAGGGUUGUGAAGCUUGAGGUUUUGCCCGCGACGGCCGCGGCGUCGCAGGAUGCCAAGCAUCCGGCGAUCGCACCCGCCCAGACGGGCCAGCAUGGACACAGCGCCAGCGCCUCUGCAGGACCAAGCGCGGCCGUGGUCGAGCAAAAGAGCAAGAAACGCGGCUGCGGUGCCAAGAUGCUGCCUCCUCCUCCAGUGUACACCAUCGACGAGGACGGUGAGGAGGAGCUGGAGAAUCUCUGCAAUUUGCACUCUCCCCCCGUUCGCAAUACCCCCAUUCCCGCUCCCACCGUUCCCUCUCGCACCUAUCCCUCUCCCCGCGUUCCCUCUCCCCGCGUUCCCUCUCGCACCAGUCCCUCUCCCCAUGUUCCCUCUCGCACCAGCCCCUCUCCCCGCGUUCCCGCUCGCACCAGUCCCUUUCUCCGCGUUCCCUCUCGCACAUGCCCGUCUCCCCGCGUUCCCCGCGUUCGCGUGUGGUUGACUACCUCUCACGGUCUCGUUCGCAGCAGUUGGUUGCGCUGGGGUGCUAAUGUGGACGUCCGGGUUCCCUGA